AUGGAGACAGCUCUUGAGAGUCCCCAGGCGAAUGGGGCUAACCAGGAGGAGGGGGUUUUCGAAACCCAAGUAAUGCCCCUGCUGCGUCGCAUUGCUGACGACGUUGACAUCAUGCGGGAAAACGGAUAUUCUGAAGCAGAGAUAAUGGGGAUAAUCACUCGCAUUACCCAGACGAUUGACACUGUGCUGGGAUCAAACGACGGCCGGGGAGAUGGUCCCAUGAGCCAGACCAUUGACAUCGCGUUGGGAGAAGACAACAGCCUGGGAGAUACUGCUAGCGAAGAAGACGAUGAUUUUCCGGAAGAUGAAUAUCCUGAGAUAUCCACGACGACGAUAACUCACCACAUCACAGAGGAGAAUGAGGUCAUCCUGGAAAAUACAACUCCUGGUAAUCUCCAGUCUGUGAUCGAGUAUUUAUCACAGUUGAAUGUAGUCCACUCCUUCCUCGAGUAUAACGACGAGCCAAACAAGCUCAUAGUUCGCUGGGUGAUAAUUCGGCAUCGUGAGUUCUAUUUCAUCGACGGGGCCACUAUGGCAAAGUUCCUUCGAGCCUUGAAUGAGCAAGGCGAGUCCUCGUUCACUCUACAACUCGAGCAGUAUGCCAUAAAUGUUCGGGACAGACCCGAAUAUCGCGAAUUGGAUUAUGAGGCUGGACGAUUUCUCUACGCGAUACUUCAUUGGAAAAUCAUAGAUGCCGCUAAUCUCUGGGAAGCCGAUAGACGCCACAUGCAUCUAUUUAAUACUGUCCUUCUCUGGCUUCCCGCUAUGCGGACCAUCGUCGAUACCAUGGGUGAUCGCUAUCGAGAGGAGGAUCCACUCAUGGAAGAACGCCUGGGUGGUUUCCAUGAUGCUUUCUUGUACCUCCUGAAAGACAGAUUUCUAGUAAAUCUCUCGGUCUUUGACCCUGACUGCCGGUUACUGUCUGUUUUGCCCCGUCAGCAACACCUGGAUUUCGUGGCAUGGUUCAAUAGUAUUUCCAUGCACCGAUGGCCCAGUCGGUGA